UCUUAAUCAGCGCCAUCUAUUUAGAGAGGGAAAUUUGAAGUUGAAGAAUUUUGUUGUGUUUAUAUUAUUGUUUUGGCUUUGAUAUGUCGAAUAAUUUAAUGAGUGAUUAUUAUAUGCAUUUAUUGCAGUAUCGACUUGAAAGUUUCAAAGUAUGGCCUUUUGAUGACGAUUGGAAAUGUACACCACAAAGGUUAGCAGAAGCUGGUUUUUACCAUUGUCCAACUGACCAAGAACCAGACGCUGUUUGUUGCUUUUUGUGCUUUAAGGAAUUAGAUGGUUGGGAACCAACAGAUGAUCCAUGGGAAGAACAUGUAAAGCACUCUCCUAAUUGUCCAUUUUUAAAGAUCAACAAGCCUAUAGAAGAACUUACUGUAGAACAGUUUAUAAAGCUUGAAAUAAAACGUCAAAAAAAUAAAAUGCAAAAGAUUUUAGACUCCAGAAGGAAAGAAUUUGAACAUCAUGGACAUGCUGUUCGAGAGGAAAUGCAGAGACUAGUGUAGAGAUUGUGUUGGGUUUUUUUUUAAAGCAAGUUCUAUUUAAUUUUAUGACACUGAUACAUGUACAUAUAUUUCUCAUUUUUUUCCACGAUCUUUUUCAUGUCUAUCCCACUAUAAAUCAAGACAUACAUGUACAUUCUAUUUACUUAUAUGAUGCAUGUACAUAGAUUUCUUAUUUUUUUAAUGAUCUAUUUCAUGUCUAUCACACUUAUAAAUAAAUUAUUU